CUGUCAUUCAAUCAAAACCCUAAUAAUUUCAAUUAUUCACUCUUCCUUCCACCCCCACCGCCAACCACCACUACCGCCAAUUCGAUUAGCCAGCAACCGCCGCCUUCUUCCACUUCCCGUUCCCGAUUCAGAUCCCAACCAAUUCCGCGGCCGGUUUCCCCAACUUUACGAAGAGCUUCCAGCACCUGCGGCAAUGGCGGAGGGCAGGAAUAAUGGGGAGCGCAGGGAGAUGAGCGACUACUCGUCGUCGGAGGAUGAGGGGACGGAGGAUUACAGGAGAGGUGGCUACCACGCUGUGCUUAUCGGCGACACAUUCAAGAACGGCCGGUACGUGGUGCAGAGCAAGCUCGGCUGGGGCCAUUUCUCCACCGUUUGGCUCGCUUGGGACACUCAGGGAUCUCGUUAUGUAGCUUUGAAAGUUCAAAAGAGCGCUCAGCACUACACCGAGGCGGCCAUGGACGAGGUAAAGCUCCUGAAGCAGAUCGCGGAGGGGGAUCCCGAAGAUAAGUAUUAUGUCGUCAAGCUUUUGGAUCACUUCAAGCAUUCGGGGCCGAAUGGACAGCAUGUGUGUAUGGUCUUCGAGUAUUUGGGGGAUAAUUUGUUGACCCUCAUUAAGUUCAGUGAUUACCGUGGCGUUCCUCUGAUUAUGGUGAAAGAAUUGUGCUAUCACAUUUUGGUGGGAUUGGAUUACUUGCAUCGGAAGCUGUCCAUCAUUCACACUGAUUUGAAGCCGGAGAAUGUCCUGCUCUGUUCGACGAUUGACCCGUGUAAAGAUCCUAGGAAGUCGGAUGCCCCUCUGGUCCUCCCGAGGAGCAAGAGUAAAAUUGUGGAUGAAUCUGUGUCUUCGAAAGAUGGUAGUAAGAGUUUGAAUUCGGGUUUAACGAAGAACCAGAAGAAGAAGAUACGGAAAAAGGCUAAGAAGGUGACCACUAAGGAUUGUGCAGGUGGAGAGGAAGACGUGGAAGAAGAAAACGAGAAGCAAGUUGGGAGCUCCGAUGAAAAGGAUAAGGAUGAUUCUGAUACAAAGAAACAGGAUCAUAAUAGGAGAAGCCCUUCUGUCAGGAAGAAGCUGUUGGCAACUGCUGAUCCAAAGUGCAAGUUGGUUGAUUUUGGGAAUGCAUGUUGGACGCACAAGCAAUUCACGAGUGACAUCCAGACAAGACAGUAUAGAUGCCCUGAGGUCAUCCUUGGAGCUAAGUACUCUACUCCGGCAGAUCUAUGGUCGUUCGCUUGUAUUUGCUUCGAGCUGGCUACCGGAGAUGUCCUUUUUGAUCCUCAUAGUGGCGACAACUAUGACCGGGAUGAGGAUCAUCUGGCAUUGAUGAUGGAGCUUAUUGGUGUUAUUCCACGAAAGAUAGCUUUGGGUGGCAAAUACUCGAAGGAUUUCUUCAACAGAUAUGGAGAUCUGAGGCACAUCAGAAAGUUGCGGUUCUGGCCUCUCGACAAAGUGCUUGUAGAGAAGUAUGGUUUCGGGGAGCAGGAUGCACAAGAAUUGUCCGACUUCUUAGUGCCCUUGCUUCAGUAUGCACCAGAAAAGAGGUCUACUGCAGCUCAGUGCCUUAGUCAUCCAUGGAUUACUUCAGGCCCUCGUUUCGUCAAGCCUUCUCCUCCGCCUCUUCAGUCACCGGGAGCCAGUGGAAGUAAGUUGGAAAUUGAGGAAGAUAAGGGCGAGAGGGAAGCCAUGGCUGAUGGGGUAGAGAAGAUAGCAAUCAAUGGGACUUCAAAAGCCUCUCCACAACCCCAGAACGAAACCGUCCAGAAAAUUUAAUAGUGCCAAGAAUUAGAGAUUAUUUCCCCGUUUCCCCACAGCUCCAUUUUUGCAGCUCCAUUUUGGACUUAUUGCGCUUGCAGUUGGGUUUGUAUCAUUAUUCUCAAUAGAUGUUAGCAUGGGAUACGUCUGUUGAACGUUUCAACUUGUACACUCAAUUUGAUUUAUUGUUUCACCAAGUUCUUUCAUCCAUGCUAAGGGAUGGUUAUUAUGUUGAUAGCCUUAAUCGACAAUACACUAGUAACUAGGUAAACAUGACUGCAUGAUGGAGAUUGCCGCAACAUUUCUAAGGUCCUGGCUGAGAAUGUAGUGUUGGAGCGAAUAGCUUCACACAACUUAUGACACUAUAUCAUAGCCCGACUCCUGCAGAAGGCUGAAGCCACUGGAGGUCCUCUUAAAACUUGUUGCCGUCAAAUUCGAGCAACUAUUUUAUCUUCUCUUUCCUUUCAAGGAUCUCUGGUGCUGAUCUUCUAUAACAGUUGAAGAUGCUGCAGCAGCAGCAGCAGCAAUAGGAGUCUACGUACGAGCAGCAGAAGCAACACCAGGUUCUGCCUACAAGUCUAUAGGAUGCUGCAGUUACCAAAAUGCUGUGUCAGUGUUUACAGAAUUUUCUUAGUCC